UAAAAAUACUAGCAAUCUCCUGACUAUUUUUGCGUGCUUGAGUUUUGAUAAUUUGCUGUUUUUAUUAAAUGAUUAUGAUAAGGAGAUUUAAAAUGUGGCUCAUGAACAUCUUGGUGUAAGAAAAGAAUCUUCAGAACAACCCCGGCGUUUCAUUAAAAUAUUUAGAGUGCUUCAUUCAUUGCAAAGCCCCGUAGGGUGAACAACAUGGCUGGGAUAUGGCGCUAUACCAGCUAACAUUAUUAUAAACGAGACUGAAGGUGAGAGACACACAGAAAAAAGACUUUCUGUAGGGAAAGGGGAACUUGCUUAACUAAGAGUGAGAAGAGAACAAUUACUCUCCAAGGCCCAGUUGAUCUCACGGCGAAGUGCACGGUCAGUCAUAUGGAAGUCCCGGCAGCUGUAUUUCCUAGAGAUCGAUCCACCAGUGGCGCAGGAAGAUGCUCGGCUUUGGGAGGGGGAGAGGGAGCGGGGAAGAAGGGCAAACUAUGCUGACAGUGAACGACAAAGCAACACAACAUUUCUGAGGUGGCGGCCGUCCCCUCCUCCCACCCUGGUUCCUACGCCACUGUCCACGAGAUGGAGGGGAGGGACUGGUAGAGAACGGAAGAGUGAGGCUGGGUGGUGGUGGUGCGACUGAGGAUAGAAAAUGCUCAGAUUGCUGAGAAGUCGGCUCUCUGAAACCCCAACCCCCAGAUCGCCGUAGCGACAUGGCCAAAAAUGAACCAAAACGGGAAUAGUCUUGAUUUUUGCAAGACAUCGAGAUGAAGUGUUGGCUUUUGCGGCGACACGUUAUUUAUUUAUUCAUGAAAUGUGAUUCAGAGGUCCAUAUUAACGAAAGUCCUGCUUCUAAGGAUCAUCUGACUGAAAUGCUGUCAUUGCAAAUAAAUCUUCGGACAAGGAUGAAGAAAGCCCGAUUUCGACCGAUUUGUCUAUAUCCUACAUGGCCAGUUUGCAGGAGGGUUUGACAACCAGACAUACAUUAGGACACAAGUAUUUGUCGGAGUUUCAAUAAAUCAUUCUUAAAAUCAGUGGAACCACGAAUUCUCUCAUCUGGUGCAGAUGUAUGUAAAAAAAACUGCACGGUGACUGAGGAGGUUUGCUGUGCAUGGAAACAUUCGCUGGACAAGGUCUGCUGGGAAGUGUCGAGAAUUGGCACCCCCUGUGGAAAAUGCUGGAACAAGCCCAAACUGAUAUGCAGUCCAGCACAGUAUUAAAUUUAGUUGCAGCUAUCCAUGCUUGUGUCUAUCAGUGGCAGGUCGUCAUGGAGACAGGAGAUCAUAACCAAAAUCGUUUGCAAGCUUUUCUUUAAAACUGGUGAAAUCUAUAUUGUAAAACUCGUGCUUCCAACAAUCCGAUGGGUCUGGCUCUGGAGCGGGUCGAAGAGUAUUGCUAUCACUUCUUGACUUACUGCGAAAUGUGCAGAUGGCAUGACAAGUCGAAAUCUCCUGCUGCUUUCGUAUCCUAACUCGUGAAUCGUGCACUUUACGUCCACAUGCUGAAAAGAUAAUCAACAAAACACCAACCUGAAUGAAGCGAGUCAAGUGAACCUUCGUUUCCAAGAAAAGAAUGAAUGUAAUUCUCUUUCCUUGCUAAUUCAGGAGAGGUUCAGGAACCAAAGAAAACUUCCAGAGAAGUAACAACGAUAGCUAGAUUGGUCAAGAACAAGUGCCAGAUCCAGCUGUUGAUGAGCAUGAGUGGUGAGUUUGAUGCUGGACUGACAGUUAGGUCAGAAGAAAAUACAGCAAGACAGGAUCACGGCACCAUCAUGGCUGAUACAACCUGCGGUUUGCUAGAACAAUAGUCUGUGAGGCAGACCUCCAAAGGUUCCAGCAGAAGCGAUGACGUCCGGUCACUUUGUGCUCUGCUUCCUGAUCCUGUCUGUGUGCCUGGUAGCUAUGACAACGGCCCAGGGCAAUUUGAAAACUAAGAAAAGAUCUGAUAUGCUCGGGAGCCUUUUGCUUAACCUGCAGGGACAAAGCAACAAAGUUCCACCGACUUAUAAUUCUGAUCUCCCAACCGUUGUCCAGUGCCAAGUGUACGUGGACAGUUUCGACUCUGUCAGUGAGGCAUCUAUGGAUUACACUGUCAGCAUCAUGCUGGCCCUCUCUUGGUACCAGCCUCGUCUUAAGUACCUGUACAAUGUCGAGUUCUUUGAGAUCGACAGCGAGAAUAUGAAGAAGCUGUGGGUUCCAGACCUGUACUUCCCCAACGAGAAAUUAGCAUCCUUCCACCAGAUCAUGGGGCCCAACACUAUGAUGCGUCUCUACCCGGACGGUAGACUGGAGUACUUGGCACGGUUAUCGUUGACGCUUAGUUGUCCCAUGAACCUCCGCAACUAUCCGUUCGACAGACAGUCGUGUUCCCUGAAGAUCGAGAGCUUUGGGUUUGACUCGGAGAAGCUCAUCUUGGAGUGGGUCACCGAUGGAGAUCCGGUGGAAAUCAACGAGGACAUUGAACUUCCCCAGUUUCAGGUUGUCGCAAAAGAAAGUGGAGUUUGCAGCAAACAAGAGAGAUACAAAAUUGGAAACCACAGCUGCCUGAUGGCCACGUUCCACCUGGAGAGGAGCCUGCAGUACUACCUCAUCCAGAUGUACAUCCCGUCUAGCCUUAUCGUCGUUGUGUCCUGGCUGUCCUUCUGGCUGACGGCCAGCUCCGUGCCAGGCCGCAUCUCUCUGGGAGUUCUCACGGUUCUCACCAUGACAACGCAGAGUUCCUCUGUCAACGCCUCACUUCCCAGAGUGUCCUACAUCAAGGCUAUCGACCUGUGGAUGUCCACGUGUCUCGUCUUUGUUUUCGCUGCCCUCAUCGAGUUCGCCGUGGUCAACGUUCUCAGUCGGAGGAGACGAGCGGUGAUGCCACCGCCUGCUGUCCACAUCACGUCUUUUGAGAACUGUCCAGGUCCUAGCAGCGAAGCUACCUGUGCCAUUAGCAACAGUUCCCCCAGAUGGAUUCGGAGAAAGGCAGGCCCUUCAAAGAGAGUAUAGUCGAUCUCGAUGGACGAACGCUACUGAUGGGGGACCAGGAUGAGGUCACUCCAUUCGAAAGACCAUGCUGUGACAAAAUAGCCCUGUCUACUUUUCUGGACAAGCUGUCGAGAGUAGUCUUUCCUUUCUGUUUUGCCAUCUUUGGCACCUGCUACUGGACGUACUACUGUCACCUGACCGAUACUGCACUCAGCGUGGACACCGGAGCCAACGAAACGGAGCUGAUCCUGUAAAGAUGGAGGCUGCCUGCUCCCGUCACAACUCUCGUGCCGCGAGACACGUUUUUCUCAUGGACUGCUUACUCAGGGCAUGUAAUCCAGUAAACAUAUUGGUUUCCGCUUACGUGAGCUCUGUGACUGAUCUGAUCGAAUUCUGACCAUUUUCAAUUGAAGUGUUCAACAAAAUAACUAGUGUUAUGUUAAGCAGAGUUACUGUUGGGCGAGGGCACAAUCUGACUGCCCUCUGACCUUUCGCCAUAUCUGGACCGGAAUAUGGACUAGACAGGUGUGUCAAAACCAUCGUUUGUGUGGUCGCACGCAUGCGCAAAGUAUGUACUGAAUUUUCUGGGUCGUUUCGACCUUACACGCACCUUUCACUCUGCUGUUUUCUCGCCUAGUUCCUUUUUCACUUCUUGUUCCAGCUUAGUUUUUUCAGCUCAUUUUUCCUGCUGUUUCCCCGUUUUUAGAAGUUUCUCAGCGGCUCGAAAUUCGCCACAUCCGCAACGCAGAAAUUCGAAGCUGGUGAGUUGGAUUCAGGUGAAGAGGAAGAUGCAAGAACGCACUGGAAUGGCUUACAGACUGUGAAUAAAAUACACAAAAUGGACUACAGUGCAGGCUAACAUAUCUUUUCUUGGUUGAUUAAAAACUGAGUAAGAGGGCAUGAUAGUUGUUAGCAAGACGGAUUGUACGCUUGCUCAUUCUGUGGCACAAUUUUUUAAACCCAUCCUACAUUUAAAAAAACCUUUAAAUAAUAUUACUCUGCUGUGAGUAUUUAUUUCGCUUCUCCAGAAAAGAAUGCUCCAUUUGGAUGCCAUGGGCAGAGAGGGUUGUACAUCAUCACUUGAUCUCAACUGCGUUUUUCUCACUUUCUUUUGUCGAGCUGGUUGAAUCUACCAACAAGUACAAUCUUUUGUUGUUGCAGUUGCUCUCGAAAUAGUUUUAUUGUUAAGCUAAAAAUUUUAUGAUAUCUGCAAACACUACAGUAACAUAUUCUCCUUUGUUCUGCCUAUAUCUUCACUACUCCUAGAAUUCGGAUGACCGUAGUCUCACUUAGUCUCUGGAAAUUGCCCACCCCACUUCCAACUCCCAGUCUACAUGCCACCCGCUUUCAAUUUUGUAGAAAUAAAGCCUCGUUACUGAUAGCUCUUUGUCAUUUCUGUUUCCAUGUACACCUUCAGAGGUGUAGCGAUGUCAAGCGAAUCUAGCAUUUUUAAAUUGUUUAUAUUUUGAAUGGAUGUCUUUAAACAACAAACUAGACAGCUUUAUAAAAUGGGCACACUGAUGUUGAAUAAGAACAGUUGCAAUGAAUUUUAGACCAGCAACAAUGCUUUUGUCGAACCCUGACGAAGAUAAUGAUAGCGAUAAGUCUACGAAUAAAUUUCUUUUGUAAAUAAUUUUGCCUUUGGUUAGCCUCUGUUGUACAUAUAGUCAGCUACUUCAUGCAGUGUCUCCAAGUAUGUAAAAUUGGACUGGAAUAAAAGCUCAU